CCUUUCUUGUUCAAGAUAUUGUCAAGUGCACCCAAAUAAGGAGCUAGCAAGGAUGCUUCAUAUGAUGCGACCAAAUGUUUACAAGGACCCAAACCAUAAGCCAGAGAUGGUGAUCACUUUGACAGAGUUCAAAGCGCUAUGUGGUUUUGUCAGCAUGGAGGAACUCAAGGAUGUCCUUAUCGAUGUGCCUAGAAUUGCAGAGCUGAUAGCGUUGUAUGAAUGUGAAAAUGACACGGAUGAUUCUGAAAAGAAAAAGUGUGAUAUAACCCACAUAGAGAUUGAGCCUUUGACACUUUUAGGUGUUUGUGCUGGUUUAAUUCCUUAUCCUCACCACAACCAAUCUCCACGUAAUACAUAUCAGUGUGCAAUGGGGAAACAAGCUAUGGGUAAUAUUGCUUACAAUCAGGUUGGAUACGAUAGGCUAGGAGCUAGGCAGAAUGCAACUGUUGCUGUUAUGAGUUACAGUGGAUAUGACAUUGAGGAUGCAAUUGUCAUGAACAAGUCGUCUCUUGAUCGUGGUUUUGGCCGUUUUAUAUCAAUGAAAAAGUAUCUUUUGAUUCAACAAAAAUUGUGGCAAAAGGAGUGCUUCUCAACAUGGAUCCAAAUAAUAUAG